UUAUCUUUCGCUUCUGCACCGCGCCCAGGUUUUGGUAUAAAUACCACCAGGCGAUUGAGACCAAGACAUACUAGAAACGCCAACGUUCCAAGUAACACAUAUCCAAAAUGAAAUUCCUGGUUGUCGCCGUUGCCCUUUUGGCCGUUGCCCAUGCCGAUGUGUCCCACCUGUCGGGCUACAACUACGCUCCCGUGAGCAUCCCAGCUCCGGCUCCAGCUCCUCUGCCCGUGAAGGUGGCCCCGGCUCCAGUGCCCGUGAACACCUACAUUCCCCCUGCACCCGCACCAGCCCCCAUCCAGAUCGAGGUGCCCGCUCCAGCUCCCGCUCCCGCUCCAGUGGCCAUUCCCGCCCCCGUGAAGGUCGCCCCCGCUCCUGUCCUUGCCCCCGCUCCCGUCCUGGCCCCCCAGUCCGUUCUGGAGGAGAUCGAGCCCGUGUCCGCCGAUGGCUACCGCUACAAGACUGUCCGCCGUGUGGUCCGUCGCCGUUACUAGAGAGCUACUCUUUGGCUGAUCCCGUCAAGGGAAAAGUUAAUUAAAUAAAAUCAAAAUAGAAUCUAA